CAUUGUGAUUCACAGUGAACCAUCUGGUGAAUACAGAAAACUGCAGAGUGCGUCCUCAAUUGGGCCAGUAAAGUUACAGUUGUUAUCAGCAAAACAAACGAGAAAAAAAUGCUAUGAAAUGCAGCUCCGAGGCGCACUGCAUUUGAGGAGUGGAUGAUUCCGUACCUAGUAGUGUGGUGUGUGCUGGAGGACCUGGGCAGGGCCCCGUUUUCCCAGCAUGCCACCACGGCCGUCGUCGGGGGAGUUAUGGGGCCUGCACCUCAUGCCCCCCCGCAUCCUGGUGGAUUGCUGUCUGCCCAACGGCAUGCUGGUCAGCCUGGAGUGCCUGCGGGAGGCACCGCUCAUCAGCAUCAAACAGCAGCUCUUCGCUGAAGCGCGCAAAUAUCCUCUCUACCACCUCCUACAGGAGGAGUCGUGUUACAUCUUCGUUGGGGUGACCCAGGAGGCAGAGAGGGAGGAGUUCUACGAUGAGACGCGACGACUGUGCGACCUUAGGCUCUUCCACCCCAUUCUCAAGGUCAUCGAACCGCUAGGCAACCGGGAAGAAAAGAUCCUCAACCGGGAGAUUGGCUUUGCGAUAGGCAUGCCCAUUUGUGAAUUUGAGUUGGUGAAGGACCCGGAGGUGCAGGACUUCCGGCGGAGCAUUCUGAGCGUGUGCAGGGAGGCGAUGGAGGAGCGGGAGGGCGGGGGAGCCCACAGCCAGGCCCUCUAUGUGUACCCUCCCAACGUCGAGUCGUCUCUCGAACUGCCGCAACACAUCUUCUGCAAACUAGACAAAGGUCGCCUGAUCGUGACCAUCUGGGUAAUCGUCUCGCCCUCCAACGCCAAGCAGAAGUACACGCUGAAGAUCGCCCACGACUGCCUGCCCGAGCAGCUGAUCGCCGAGGCGAUCCGGAAGAAGACGCGCAGCAUGCACCUGUCUGCGCAGCAGCUGCGGCUGUGCGUGCAGGAGUACCAGGGCCAGUACAUCCUGAAGGUGUGCGGCUGUGACGAGUACCUGCUGGAGAAGUACCCUCUCAGCCAGUACAAGUAUAUCCGCAGCUGUAUCACCGUGGGCAGGCUGCCUCAUCUCAUGCUGGUGUCCAAGGACAGUUUGUACAGCCAGCUCCCCGCCAGCGGGUUCGUUGCCCCCUCCUACAGCCGGCGCACCCCCCAGCCCAGCCCCUGCCCUGGAGGGGGGGACCCCAGCACCCCACGGUCCCUCUGGGCCUUCAACACACUGCUGAGGGUCCGGCUGCUCUGUGCCACCUACGUCAACGUCAAUAUCAGGGACAUUGACAAGAUCUACGUCAGAACAGGUAUCUAUCAUGGAGGAGAGCCACUGUGUGACAAUGUCAAUACCCAAAGAGUCCCUUGCUCUAAUCCCAGGUGGAACGAGUGGCUGUCGUAUGACAUCUACCUGACAGACCUGCCCCGCUCCGCCCGGCUCUGUCUGUCCAUCUGCUCUGUGAAAGGCCGAAAGGGGGCCAAGGAGGAGCACUGUCCCUUGGCCUGGGGAAAUGUUAACCUGUUUGACUAUAAGGACACGCUGGUGUCCGGGAAGGUAGCGUUGAGCCUGUGGCCUGUACCACAUGGCCUGGAGGACCUGAUUAACCCCAUUGGAGUGGCUGGAUCCAACCCCAACAAGGAGACGCCCUGUGUGGAGCUGGAGUUCUCCUGGUUCAACCAGACGGUGCUCUUCCCCGAUGAGCAGCAGAUAGAAGAACACGCCAACUGGACUAUCUCCAGAGAACUGGGCUACAACUACUGCCUGGGGCUGAGCAGCCGGCUGGCGUGUGACAGCACCGUGUCGCAGUCGGACGUGGAGCAGCUGCGCAGCCUGUGCAGCAGAGACCCCCUGUAUGAGCUCUCAGAGCAGGAGAAGGACUUCCUCUGGAGACACAGGCAUUACUGCGUAAACAUUCCAGAAAGCCUUCCCAAACUGCUCCUAUCGGUGAAGUGGAAUUCCCGAGAUGAGGUGUCCCAGAUGUACUGCCUGCUGCGGGACUGGCCCCUGAUGCAGCCCGAGAGCGCCCUGGAGCUGCUGGACUGUAACUUCCCGGACCCCAUGGUGCGGGAGUUCGCCCUGCGCUGUCUGGUGCAGGGGCUGACCGACGACAAGCUCAGCCAGUACCUACUGCAGCUGGUGCAGGUACUUAAGUAUGAGAUGUACCUAGACAACCCUCUAGCAAGAUUCCUUAUCAAGAAGGCACUGACCAACCAGCGGAUUGGACACUUCUUCUUCUGGCAUCUCAAGUCAGAGAUGCACAAUAAGACGGUCUCGCGGCGUUUCGGCCUGCUGCUGGAGGCGUUCUGUCGAGCCUGCGGGAUGUACCUCAAGCAUCUCAACAGGCAGGUGGAGGCCAUGGAUAAGCUGGUCAAUCUCACCGACACCCUCAAGCAGGAGAAGAAGGAUGAGACUCAGAAGACGCAGAUGAAGUUCCUAGUGGAGCACAUGUCUCGUCCGGAUUACAUGGAGGCGCUGCAGGGCUUUGUCUCUCCCCUCAACCCCGUCCACCAGCUGGGGAACCUCAGCUGCGCAACCUUAGCAACUACACGUCUCUGUCUGAUGUGGAGUCUUUCUGUCCCCCUGUCUGUCUGCCUGCCUGUUUGUCUCCUCAGCCCUGUCCGCCAACUGGACAACAACAGGCUGGAGGAGUGUAGGAUUAUGUCGUCUGCGAAGCGGCCUCUGUGGCUGAACUGGGAAAACCCUGACAUCAUGAGCGAGCUGCUCUUCACCAACAAUGAGGUCAUCUUCAAGAACGGAGAUGAUCUCCGUCAGGACAUGUUGACACUUCAGAUUAUAAAGAUCAUGGAGAACAUCUGGCAGAACCAGGGACUGGACCUGCGCAUGCUGCCGUAUGGCUGUCUGUCCAUCGGGGACUGCGUGGGCCUGAUCGAGGUGGUGAAGAAUUCACACACCAUCAUGCAGAUCCAGUGUAAAGGUGGCCUGAAGGGGGCGCUGCAGUUCAACAGUAACACACUGCACCACUGGAUCAAAGACAAGAACCGCGGAGAGGCCUAUGACCGAGCGAUCGACCUGUUCACCCGGUCAUGUGCCGGGUACUGUGUGGCCACAUUCAUCCUGGGGAUUGGAGACCGACACAACAGCAACAUCAUGGUCAAGGAGAACGGCCAGCUGUUCCACAUUGACUUUGGCCACUUCCUGGAUCACAAGAAGAAGAAGUUUGGCUAUAAGCGAGAGCGCGUGCCCUUCGUCCUCACGCAGGACUUCCUCAUCGUCAUCAGCAAGGGUGUGCAAGAGUGCACAAAGACAAAGGAGUUUGAAAGGUUCCAGGAGAUGUGCUACAAGGCCUACCUGGCCAUCCGCCAGCACGCCAGCUUGUUCAUCAACCUGUUCUCCCUGCUGCUGGGCUGCGGCAUGCCCGAGCUGCAGAGCUUCGACGACAUCGCGUACCUGCGCAAGACCCUGGCGCUGGAGAAGAGCCAGCAGGAGGCGCUGGAGUACUUCACCAAGCAGAUGAACGACGCCCACCACGGCGGCUGGACCACUAAGAUGGACUGGAUCUUCCACACCAUCCGUCACAUGCCUAACGAGCACUAAGCCCUGCUGGGGACCCACUGACGUGUCCAACGCACUGACCGGCGCUCUCCACUCGCACAUUUGCCGACAUUCCAACACUGACUGAAAGACACUCCGCACUAACUGACACUCUGAUUUAUGCACAGAUGUACGCGGUCCACACGCAUACCGAUGUGGUCGUGCAUUAACAUUCCACGCUGCCCGACAAUCUCACGCGAUGAUGACACGCUGAUAUACACUCACUGAGCACUUUAUUACGUAUUUGUUAAUGUAAAUAUUCAAUCAGCCAAUCAUGUGGCAGCAACUAAAUGCAUAAAAGCAUGCAGAUGUGGUCAAGAAGUUCAGCUGUGAUUUGACCGUGGAAUUAUUGUUGGUACCAGAUAGGGUGGUAUUAAUAUCUCCAGAAACUGUUGAUCUCUUGGGAUUUUCACGCACGCUAGUCUCUAGAAUUUACAAAGAAUGGUGCAAAAAACAAAAAACCUCCAGUCAGCAGCAGUUAUGCGGGCAGAAACAUGUUAAUGAGAGAGGUCAGGGGAGAAGGGCCAGACUGGUCAGAGCUGACAGGAAGGUGGCAGUAAUGCAAAUAACCACACAUUACAGCAGUGGUAUGCAGAAGAGCAUCUCUGAACACACAACAUGGCAAACCUCUAAGUGGAUAAGCUACAGCAGCAGAAUACUUAAUAAGCCUAAAAAAUAAGUCUAAGAAAGUGCUCACUGAGUGUAUUUACUUAGUGAUAUUUAUUCUUGUUCAUAAUUUCUCAAUGUACAGACUACCAUUCGUGUAGCAACACUCACAUUCUGACACCAGCACAGACUGCCCCUCACACACAGUGACCCUUUCUCACAGGGAUCGACACUUUCAAACACAUCAUUAAGCUCUUAUUUACAUUCUUACUUGCAGAUUGAUUGCUGUAUUGACUGGUGUAGAUGUCGAUGCAUGUCCUGCUGGAAUCUUACUAGCAUGCAGGGCUGUAGUCCGAUACUCUCAUGAUGGUGAUUUUGUUUUCGAUCAUUUAAAUUGAUAUACUGACGCACUGAUACACAAACCAAUUCACUAUUAUGAAUGCAUUCUCAAAUAUAUACUUCACCCUCAUAUUCUGACCCUGUCACAAACCCAGUGACACUCACAAGUGGAUGUUUGUUUAGCCCUAAGUACAGGCUUAUAUGGACUGACACAAGGACACUCACAGACAGUAAUGUCUGAUAUCAUUACUAAUGCACUGCCUGACAGACAAUCAGAUACUGACUGAUAAUCAUAUAUACUGACCACAGACACUCAUACAUGCUGACUAAGGAAAAAUACAAGAGACAGAUAAUAUGAUUGAUUGAUUGAUCGACUGUAAUUCUCCAAGCAAUAUAUUUUGUGGUGCACUGACUGGUAAAAACAAUGACAGACUAUGAAUAGCAUUUAGACUUUCCUGUAGCACGCUCCUAGAGGACAUAUUGAAGAAGACCACAGAGAGAGCAAAGCGCUAGCUGGUAGCACUCCAGCUUCAACCCACACUCAUAUCUAUUCUAUAAAUGGUGUACUGAACUACAUUGAAUGCCAUGGAGCACCAGAGACUUGGCUCACCUGGGAGUGCAACCCCGACAAUCCGACUGCGUCGUCGCGAUUGAGAGAAUAUCUGACAAAUCUGAGUUAGAGGCAAUCCGUAUGACUUAGCAUGGUCUACAUCAAGGCUUUUACAUUGUGACCCAACUGUAGCCCUGCUGAAAUAAAACAGCUCAAGCUAGGUUUUGAGACAGCUGGUAGCUGGUUGACCAGUUAGACCAGCUCUAUACUCAACAUGUUUUGACCAGCUCAAGCUAGGUUUUGAAACAGCUGGUAGCUGGUAUUGGAAGCUGGUCAUAGCUGGAUUUUACACCAGGGUGCACGUUGACUGUGAUGCCAUUGUGUUAUCUACAGUGUAACCUCUGGCUCUGUUCACACUCAAAGCACGCUAAGUAUGGCUGUGAUAACAGCUUUUCUGUUUGUAUUACUCUCCUACAUCUUCACAGUUCUGUAGUGUUUGUAGUGUUCAUAGUGUGACUGAACAUGAUGGGGACUGUGCUAUGACUCUACUAUUGCACUGUGACUGAAUAUGGCUGUCAUGUGACUGCCAUGAUUGUGUUGUGGCUGCGCUAUGACCCAGUAAGACUUUGACUAUGAUAUUGCAUGGUGUUUCCUGUGACUCAGUAUGACUGCACUGAGGAACGCUGUGAUUCGCUAUGACUGGGACUCAGUAUGACUGCGCUGUGGAACGCUGUGAUUCGCUAUGACUGCACUAUGACUGGAACUCAGUAUGACUGCGCUGUGGAACGCUGUGAUUUGCCAUGACUGCACUAUGACUGGGACUCAGUAUGACUGCACUGUGGAACGCUGUGAUUCGCUAUGACUGCACUAUGACUGUGACUCAGUAUGACUGCUUCUUGACUGGGUAUAAUUGCAUGGUGACUGCCCUUUCUUCUGUGUUAUGACUAGGUAAGACUAUGCUUUGACUCAAAUGACUUUGUAAUUAUACAGUAUGAUUGCACUGUGAUUGUGCCGUGUACUCAGUAUGACCGUAUUGUUGUUCAGCGUAACUUUACCCAUUACUUCAUGUGACUGCACUAUGACUAUCCGACUGCAUUGCGGCUAAGUAUGACUGCCCUGAAGCUUUGCAUGGCCACAUUGUGCUGGUCCACUGUGUAGGAUGAAGUCUACAAGCGGUGGGGCUACAGCAAUGUAGACAGGCAAUCUCCUGCACUGGGUCAAUCUAUAGAGAAAAAAACGAACAGUAUGCACUACAGUGGUGUAUUUACACCCACACACUGCACAACUCAACUGCACUACGUAGGGACCAUUGAAUUAGCAUUAGCGUUAGGUUUGAUGAUUACUGUGAUGAAUAGGGUUAUGGCUAUUGUCAUCACUGAUGGUGACAUCACACAGACUCACUUGAUGGGCCUUUUUUAGGUGUGCAAAGGCUAGUCGAUCCUGAGAUGGCAAUAAGACCCCCCACUACACUUCGGGUGAACCCACCUCAGGUUUUCAACAGUGGAAGCUCUCACCGAAGUGUGACAUAUUUUAUCAAAUAUGCCGGGCAGUAUUAAGCGCCCCCUUCGUAGUUAGCUUGAGGUGGCAGUUUAGUCUGCUUCUAGGAGGACCAGCAUGCCGAACCAGGACUGAUGUUGACAAUAUUGAUAAUCAUUUGGAGUGCUAAAAUGUAGUCUUCCUCAUUAUGUAUAAUGUAUAUGUACAGUAUGGAGUUCAUCAUUGUUCUUGUGUUUGAAUUCAGUAUUCUAUAGUGAGAAUUGUUUUAAUUGCAAUUAUGAAUGAGCUUUAAAACCAGCAAAACAAACAAGUUUUUUUAUGGUGGAAGUCACUGUGAGUGCAAUAAAGCCCUGUACACACUACAGGACAUACAUACUUUCUGCUGUGUAUGUACCACAUCCCACAUGUAACCUGCAUGUUGCCAUUCUGGUUUGGUCUUGGAGUUCAACUGUGGGGAAUUAAUUUGAACAAUAUUUCAAAGCAUCUAGUAUGUGCAGGGCUUAUGAAGUUGUGUACCAUCAGGGAAAUGUUCAAACGGACAAUCUCAGAGAAUCCUGUGGAAAUUCUCACAGGUUUUCAUGUUGACCAUCAAUAGACCGCUCAAUCAUCCCCUACCAACAAUCCCAAAACAGAAGACUUUUAGUGUUGUCAUGGGGAUAGUUUGAUUGUCUUUGAAAAGAUAUAGGUUUUCCAUAUUUACCAUACCAUUGGGGUAAAGGCUAUUAAAGGUGAGCAGGAAGAAAGUAUCCUCAUUUCUUAAUGGCGUUCAUUAAGGGUAUAAUUUUUAAGGAUCAGUUUAUGUUGCUUGUUGAUGUUUUAUCAGUGUCCUGUUUCAAAUUGUGGUCAAAGUUGAUCAAUUAUUUAUGGAGUUUGUUUCCAAAUUCCAGUCCUAUCGAAUCAGAUGAAGGCACUCUGCAUUUCCGAAUGUUCAGAAAAGCAGGUCAAGCUGUGUUUUUGUGUGACUGUGACAUGAAGAUGAACUUGAUCAGGGUCCAAGAGUCCAUGCUGAUGACAGCAGCAAAAAAAUAAGAUAAAAUAAAAUACUGAAUCUAUUGAUGCCUUUGAUGCAAAUUUGACCUGCCAUUAUUUUUUCAAUAAUUUGUUGAUAAUCAGAAAGUCAAUAUUGAUAAAUCAUUGUGAAGUAGCACCUUAGUGUAAACUAUUUCCAUUUGUGGUUUUUGGCACUGAUGAACCCAAAGCAAUAUUACCCAAUGAAAUUGGGAGCGAUGGCCCAAAGGGGCCUGAACAGUACUGUUUCAAUAGCAGUAGACUAUAGUGAUUGGUUGUUGAUGUUGUGGUGGGACUUUGUUGAGGAAUCGCUGUACUGUAUUUUGAUAAAAGUUUGCAUACUGAUGUCAACAUUGUCUAAAGUCAAACCAGUGGGACUGACUGGAUUGUUAUAACUUAUAAUUGGUCUUUUGGAUGUUUAUCAUAUUUCUAGUGAUAUUUAACUUAAUAAACAUUUCUCAUUCUUGUCAA